AUGAACGCUCUUCAGACCCACUUCUGGGCCGUCCGCGACUACCUCUCGCCGGUACUGCGCGAGUCCAAGUUCAAGGAGCAUGGCCGGAUCACACCAGACGAGUUUGUCGCCGCCGGAGACUUUCUCUCGUACAAGUUUCCGACCUGGCAAUGGUGCAGCGGCGACAGCUCCAAGGCUCGAGAGUACCUGCCCAAGGACAAGCAGUUCCUCAUCAGCCGCGGCGUGCCAUCGCUCCGCAGGGUCAGCCAGAUCGAAAAGGGAGCGGGCGUCGGCAUGAAUGACGACGACGAGAGGCUCAUGAGCUUUGCUGCCGACGGAGACGAGGCGGGCGGCAAGGGCGGCGACGACGACCAGUGGGUGGCCACCCACUUCGACCAGGACGCCGGACCAUCCGCUGGCAGGGCGGACAUCGCCGACAUCCCCGACAUCGAGCAGGACCCAUCGGCGCCCUCAAACCAGCUCACGGAGGGGCAAGAAGACGACCUUGCGGCCCGAGUGGCGGGCCUCGGUGUCGGCGGUGGCAGCGUCGGUGGCGCGAGCAGAGAGGCAGGUGGCCAUGUGGGAGACAUCAAGGACGAGAUGCCCGACAUCGGCGACAUUCCCGACAUGGACGACGAGAUGGAUGACAUGGGCGCCGGCGUCGAGGAGGAGGACGACGCUGCCACCAUGCAGACGGCCACGAAGGCAUCGACCUCGGCUGCCGGCGUGGGUGCGGCGGCGGCCAGCGGCAGCGGCGACGGCGGCAAGCUGCUGUCGGUGCGCAAGUACGACUGCAUCAUCACCUACGACAAGUACUACCAGACGCCGCGGAUGUGGCUCGUCGGCUACGACGAGCACGGCGUGCCGCUGAAGCCGUCGCAGAUCUUUGAAGACGUCAGCUCCGACUACGCGCAGAAGACGGUCACCAUCGAACCCUUCCCGCACGGCCACGCUGGACCGGACGGAUCGGCGCCCGCAUCUUCCGGCGGUGGUAGUGGCGCCGGCGUGGCGACGGCGAGCAUCCACCCGUGCAAGCACGCCAGCGUCAUGAAGAAGGUCAUCGAGCGCAUGAACGCCAGCGUCGUCGAGGAGCAGAGGAAGGCAAAGGAAGGGUCGUCGGCGACGGCAGGGGCAGGGGCGGGGACGGACAAGAAGAAGAAGAAGGGCUGGGGGCUUAGCGGGGCGGUGCGCAAGGUGACGGGGGGCACGUCGGCCGCACUCUCACCUUCGGCCUCGUCCAGCGGCGACACCGCGUCAGGGUCAGCACCCGGCCCGUCGACGUCGCCGGGUAACGGCGAAGGCGGCGACGAGGCGACGACCGAGGUCGAGGGCCUCCGCGUCGACCAGUACAUGAUCAUCUUCCUCAAGUUCAUGGCCAGCAUCGUCCCCGCCAUCGAAAUCGACGCCACCCAGGCCGUCUAG